UCUAUUCUAUGCUAACUGGGUAGUAGAUAAGUCUAGUGAGGGAAAGGUCCUUAGUCUAUUCUGUACUAACUGGAUAGUAGAUAAGUCUAGUGAGGGAAAGGUCCUCAGUCUAUUAUAUACUAACUGGGUAGUAGAUAAGUCUAGUGAGGGAAAGGUCCUCGGUCUAUUCUGUACUAACUGGAUCGUAGAUAAGUCUAGUGAGGGAAAGGUCCUCAGUCUAUUCUGUACUAACUGGAUAGUAGAUAAAGGUGUUGAUAUAGCCUCUUUUUUGCAAUUUGAAUAUAAUUCUGGUACCAGUAUGGUGUAUAUAGAUUUCACACAUAUUUCCCAUAUUAAGCAUUUAUAUAGCAUUUUGGAAGUCUUGAUACGAUCUAGCUCAUCUUGAACCAUAUAAUUGUAGGUAAAUAUCCUCAAUAAUCCAGUGGUAUAAUUGUAGGGAAAUGUCCUCAGUAAUCCAGUGGUAUAAUUGUAGGGAAAUGUCCUCAGUACGCCAGUGGUAUAAUUGUAGGGAAAUGUCCUCAGUAAGCCAGGAGUACAUUUGUAGGGAAAUGUCCUCAAUAAUCCAGUGGUACAUUUGUAGGGAAAUGUCCUCAGUAAGCCAGGAGUACAUUUGUAGGGAAAUGUCCUCAAUAAUCCAGUGGUACAAUUGUAGGGAAAUGUCCUCAAUAAGCCAGUGGUAUAAUUGUAGGGAAAUGUCCUCAGUAAGCCAGGAGUAUAAUUGUAGGGAAAUGUCCUCAAUAAUCCAGUGGUAUAAUUGUAGGGAAAUGUCCUCAAUAAUCCAGUGGUAUAAUUGUAGGGAAAUGUCCUCAGUAAGCCAGGAGUACAUUUGUAGGGAAAUGUCCUCAGUAAGCCAGUGGUAUAAUUGUAGGGAAAUGUCCUCAGUAAUCCAGUGGUAUAAUUGUAGGGAAAUGUCCUCAGUAAGCCAGUGGUAUAAUUGUAGGGAAAUGUCCUCAGUAAGCAAGGAGUACAAUUGUAGGGAAAUGUCCUCAGUAAGCCAGUGGUAUAAUUGUAGGGAAAUGUCCUCAGUAAGCCAGUGGUAUAAUUGUAGGGAAAUGUCCUCAGUAAGCCAGUGGUAUAAUUGUAGGGAAAUGUCCUCAGUAAGCCAGUGGUAUAAUUGUAGGGAAAUGUCCUCAGUAAGCCAGGAGUACAAUUGUAGGGAAAUGUCCUCAGUAAGCCAGGAGUACAAUUGUAGGGAAAUGUCCUCAAUAAUCCAGUGGUAUAAUUGUAGGGAAAUGUCCUCAGUAAGCCAGUGGUAUAAUUGUAGGGAAAUGUCCUCAGUAAGCCAGGAGUGGUAAGUGAUAUAAGAGAUUCAUUGUUUGACCUGCUUUAGUCUUUAUUACUCUCUUAGAAGUUUAACAUGAUUAAUUCCUUCUUCUUUUUAAAUUUUUUAUUGAAAAGAUUUGAUCAACCAUCCCAAAUCAUGUGUUUUUGAAAAUAUAUGUUUUGAUACAUCAUUUACUUUCCAUAAUAUAAAUAGGUGUUGUAUAAACACAUUUUAAAUCAUGUACAAUAGUAUCACUUGUGCAAUAACGGAACAAAACGCUGAAUGUUGUUUCUGUAAUAUUUUUUAUUUGUUGACACGAAUACCAUUUCAUUUCCUUUGUGAUUUUAAAGUCAAAUCUAGCUCUUCAUUCAGCACAUGUGCAUUGAAAAUUAUAUACAUAAUACAUAUUGCUGUAUAUCUGUAUUUUACUUAUACUCUUAAAUAUUGAUACACAAAGUGUACAGAGGACACUAUUCACAAAGACGGCUUUAAAAUCAAAAAUUAACUUACUAGAAUGUCUCAUCUCCAAUUUUGAUGUAUUUCUGGUUUUUUUUGUUAAUAAUGUGUUAUCCUGUUGUUGUAAUAUAGCGAUGAGUUCUGUAGAAUCUCGUAUUGAUGGAAAAUUAUCUAAUUAGAUUUAGGUCAUUAUAAUAUAAAGUCUAAUCUUAGGUUCUUAGUCAGACAUUGGGUUCAUAUGUAACAUGUAUGUUUCUUUAACUCUCUUAGUGUAAAAAGUUUUGCCCAGACACGUCUUUUUCUAAUAUCUUGUCUGUAGAUACCUGUCAGAUAUGGUCAGCCUUUUUCUCAUAUCUUGUCUGUAGAUACCUGUCAGAUAUGGUCGACCUUGUAUUUUUUUUAUUGAGGUUGUAGAUUCCUGUUAGAAAGUAAUUGUUUUACAAUUACACAAGGUGCCAAAUUAUAUCUUCCCUGUAAGAUUCUUUUAAAAUCUUGUAAGUUUAAGAACAAAUCCAUUGUUAAUAAUAUGUAUUUGUGGAUUAAAUCUGACAUUAUUACAUUCAUGGACUGCCAUCCACUGUGUUCAUCCUCUGCUUAAUUGUGAAUUAUUUAAAUUUGUUGGUGUAAUAUAGUGAUGGGAUGAUAUAUAGCCCUCACAUAUGUUCCCUGUGUAAUCAGGUAUGCAAAUACACAAUGUAGAUUCAUAGAAAUUCUCUUCAAAUGAAAAAUCUUAUACUGGCAUUCAAGAUUGAUUAUUUUAUUUGCAGAAACCAAAUUAAAGAUAUCAUUAUUUUAUUUGCAGAAACCAAAUUAAAGAUAUCUAACUAAAGAAGAAUAAUGGGAUGAUUUCAUAACAAUUUAGAGUUAAUUAAUUUUUCAUUAAAUAUUUUUUUUUGCCAGGUACUGCAUGAAUAAUCAUUGAUAUAUGUAUAAUUAGAUGAUAUAGAGUGAUGUAUUUAAUUUCAGUACAAUGCUAUGCAUCAACAAUUCUGUUUAAAAUGUAAUCAUCAUUGAAAUUGUUGAUCAAAUCACAUGAUUGUCAUAAUAUUUAUGACUAUCAGCUAAAGAACAAACUUCUAUGUCACAUGAUGACCAUGUGACUGCAGCAAAUGAACACUUUUACAUCACAUGACUACCAUGUGACCCCAUCACAUGAAGGUCAUGCAUAUGUCACAUGACUACCAUGUGACUCUAUUUGAUGAAAGCCAUGCAUCUGUCACAUGUCACUCGAUGAUAAGAUGAAGGAUGAAUUUCUGCAUGAAAUUACUACAUUUCCACAUAUAACUCAUAUAAUCUGACUUUGUUCUCCCAGAUACAACUUUAAUGACCUGGCAUCUAUUUACAGCAAUAUUAACGUGUAUGUUGUCUACUGUGACUUUAUCCUAUUUACUACUCUGGAUUAACAUAAGGGCAAUAACUCUUACAGAAUUCACACAUGAGUGUAUUAAUUGAGCCACCAAAAUGUCUCUUGAUAAGAAUAUCUUAGUUCAUGUAUUGAAUGUGUAAGAGUUAGAUAGCUGACAGAUCAUGUAUUAAAUGUGUAAGAGUUAGAUAGCUGACAGAUCAUGUAUUGAAUGUGUAAGAGUUAGAUAGCUGACAGAUCAUGUAUUGAAUGUGUAAGAGUUAGAUAGCUGACAGAUCAUGUAUUGAAUGUGUAAGAGUUAGAUAGCUGACAGAUCAUGUAUUAAAUGUGUAAGAGUUAGAUAGCUGACAAAUCAUACAUUAAAUGUGUAAGAGUUAGAUAGCUGACAGAUCAUGUAUUAAAUGUGUAAGAGUUAGAUAGCUGACAGAUCAUGUAUUAAAUGUGUAAGAGUUAGAUAGCUGACAGAACAAUUUAAUGCAGCUUUGUAUGCAUCAAGAACACUAAUUUUGUAUCAAUGUGAAUUGUUUGUGUAGAGUAUAGGUUAGUGGAGAAGGACAUUUAUAGGUCAGCUUGGUUACCGAUUUGUUUUCAUACUCAUAAAACAUAUCAUUGUGUAUCUCCAUUGUGGUACAGCGUCUUCCUUCAUGUUGUCAUUCAUUUUUGUUGUUGAUGUUUUAUAAAAAGAUUCUUAUUUUUGGAGGCAGCUUUUCUAUGUGAUGAGUAACAAACAUGUUGUGUACAUAAUGUUAUCAGUAAUAAGCCCACCUCUAUGUUAACAGAUUUGGUCAUGCUAUAUCUGACCUUAGACUUACACAAGGCUCUGGAUCUUUUAACUUGUCAUUGUAGGGUGAUGGUUUAUCACUGGCAUCUUGUCUGUAGUUUGUGUUCAAAACACAAACUUGUAAAUAUUUUCAUUAGUCAUGUUUUCCCAAGGAUAUGUAUAGAAAUCUUACUGUGAUUAAAAAAAAAAAAUAACAAUGGAUUGAUAUAAAAGCUUAUGUUUUUCAAAAUGAAAUAAUGAACAAGUUCUUUUUUCAAAAGUUGAUAAAAUCAUUCUAUUUUGAGCAGGACAAACUAUGAUGAUUAUGAUAACAUAACUUUAUCAUUGAAUGGUGGGUUUAAAAACCUUGAAUCAGUCAACCUAAAUCAAAUUCAAUGGGUAGAAAGUAAUUUCUUUGGAGGAAGAUCUUGAUGCAUUUGAGGAACUUAAGAUGAAAAGUUACACAAUUACACUGUCAAUCACAUCAAAUGUACAUCAAUUACACUGUCAAUCACAUCAAAUGUACAUCAAUUACACUGUCAAUCACAUCAAUGUACAUCAAUUACACUGUCAAUUACAUCAAAUGUACAUCAGUUACACUGUCAAUUACAUCAAUGUACAUCAAUUACACUUUCAAUCACAUCAAUGUACAUCAAUUACACUGUCAAUCACAUCAAUUACACUGUCAAUCACAUCAAAUGUACAUCAACUACACUGUCAAUCACAUCAAAUGUACAUCAAUUACAUCAACUAUACAUCAGUUACACUGUCAAUUACAUCAAUUACACUGUCAAUUACAUCAAAUGUACAUCAAUUACACUGUCAAUCACAUACAUACAUCAAUUACACUGUCAAUUACAUCAAAUGUACAUAAAUUACACUGCCAAUCACAUCAAUGUACAUAAAUUACACUGUCAAUCACAUCAAUUACACUGUCAAUCACAUCAAAUGUACAUCAACUACACUGUCAAUCACAUCAAAUGUACAUCAAUUACACUGUCAAUUACAUCAAUAUACAUCAAUUACACUGUUAAUCACAUCAAACGUACAUCAAUUACACUGUCAAUUACACCAAUGUACAUCAAUUACGCUGUCAAUCGCAUCAAAUGUACAUCAGUUACACUGUCGAUCACAUCAAAUUACAUCAAUAACGCUGCCAAUUACAUCAAUAUACAUCAAUUACGCUGUCAAUCACAUCAAUGUACAUCAAUUACGCUGUCAAUUACAUCAAUGUACAUCAAUUACGCUGUAAAUUACAUCAAUGUACAUCAGUUACACUGUCAAUUACAUCAAUCACACUGUCGAUUACAUCAAUGUACAUCAAUUACACUGUCAAUUACAUCAAUUACACUGUCAAUUACACCAAUGUACAUCAAUUACGCUGUCAAUCACAUCAAAUGUACAUCAGUUACACUGUCGAUCACAUCAAUGUACAUCAAUUACGCUGUCAGUUACAUCAAUGUACAUCAAUUACCUUGUCAAUUACAUCAAUGUACAUCAGUUACACUGUCAAUUACAUCAAUGUACAUCAUGACCUGUAUCAUCAGGAUCACAUCAGGACUCUGAUGUAUCAAUCUCAUCUGGAUAAUUCCAGAACUCUUCUGUAUCAGGAUCGCAUCAUAUUUAAUACAAUAAUAGACAAAUAUUUUAUAUUCCUGGGGAGUCUUUCAUUGUUAAAACAUACACACUAGAGUAGCAGAUACAUGUUUAUUGAUACGGAGGCUGCUGUCUCUAAAAAUGGUGGAGACCACUGUUUCUAAGGAUGACAUAACAAAAAAAUGGAUUACACUUCAAAAUAGGACAUAAUUUUACUUUUAAAGUGCAAUGUUGAUUUUCAGAAUGCUUAAAGCGAGGAAGUGUUUUAUAAGUAAGAACUGAAUGGAUUGUUACGGUAUGCUGCUUUUAUUGCUAGAUAUUGUUUACUGUAUACAGAUUCGCGUCUCUAUUUUAAUCUAAACAUGGCUUCCUUAAAUUUUAAUUUAAUUUUGUCAUUUAUACUGUCAAUCUUUGUUAUUUUGAAAUAUGAUAACUCGAAGAUUCUUCUGAACUCGGAAGUAGAAAUUCAGUUCCACCAGUAUAAAGUCUAUAUAGAAUAUACUCGUAACCUCGGAUAUCUAGGGUAGUUUUUCAUUACUCUACUUACUUUCGAGAUAAUAACGUUCAACUGUAAUCGGAAAAGUCAUUUCCUUUUAGAAAUUUUCCACAACAUUUACAUUUAUUUUGUUUCUAAUAUGUUGACACAAGAUUUAAAUCUGUCUACAAAUGUACUACAGUGCAUUUGACUUCCUUUUAUUCCAAAGAUCUGUAUACAUAAUUUUAUUUUAUUGUACUGUUGUGUGUUCUACAGCAAGAGACUUUUGUUAAAUGUUACCUGCUUCAGCCAGAACCAGAAUUAAACAUUAUUAAAGAACU